AGGAGGGAUCUAGAUCCUGUCAUUGAGGGACGGAGAGAGAGGGAGAGAGAAAGAGAGAGAGAGAGUUUGGUGGAGCAGCGGUGCUGCAGGUAAACGGCUGUUUGUCAACAGGAUCAUUUCCCUCAUGACACACUAAUGACUAAUGAGCAGAUUCAUUGAUAACUGGAGCUUCAACUCAACACAGCUGUGCGUGUGUGUGUGAGAGAGAGUGUGUGUGAGGAGAAGAACACACUCUCCGUUUGACGAGGACCCGCGUUUCCACACCAGCAACUUUUUUCAAACAUUUUGUGUUUUAUUUUCCAACAUCCAGGAUGAAGCCCAGCAAAAGAGCUUUUGAGGAGGAUCAGAACGGAGACAUUGAGUUUUCUGCCAUGUCGGACAGUGACCCAUGUGAAGACGACGGUUACCCUCUCAACCUGUCCACCAGCGGCAGGAGAAGCGGGUCUUCCACCAAACGCCGCCGCCGUGGAAACCUCCCCAAAGAGUCCGUUCAGGUUCUGAGGGACUGGCUGUAUGAGCAUCGCUUCAAUGCGUAUCCGUCAGAGCAAGAGAAACUGAGCCUGUCUGGACAGACGCAUCUGUCUGUGUCACAGAUCUGUAAUUGGUUCAUAAAUGCCCGCCGGAGGCUCCUUCCGGACCUGCUCAGGAAAGACGGCAAAGACCCCACUCAGUUUACAAUGUCACGACGCACCAGCAAACCAGACAGAUCUGCCUCCCCAGAAUGCCCUGCCUCUUCAACUCGCACCUCUGUCAUUUGCCCCGCACCAACAUUGGACUUGAGGCUGUUGGGUAACACCGCAACGGCGAUUUUGGCUGGAGCUGGUUGUUUGUCAUCAGGCAGUCAAGACGGAGGUGUUCAGGCUCUGAUGCAGCUUGACACACGAGGUCUGCUGAGACGAGAAGGUCUAACUGGAUUUCGGAGCGAAGAUCAACACCUGACAACCAUCCCGCUUGCUUCUACCUCUGUCCCGACCCUGGGAGCGGUGAGCCCGAGUGGAGUCCUGUUCAACACGCCUCCUCCUACCCCACCGGAGCUGUGCGCACAAGAUUUCAGCGAUCUGAAGCUUCUAGUGGAUGCGGCCCUGCAACGAGCAGCUGAGCAAGAAAACUGCAGACAGAAAGAGCAAACGAUGCAACAGCAAGCAAACAGUCCUUCCAAUGAAAGUUCAAGUGAGCUCGUCCAGAAUGGCAAUUCGGAGACCAUCGCUAAUUCCGGAGCAGAAACGCCUUCAAGGGAUGCAUUUGAUGCUGCACCAGGCUUGAUGGAGAGCGCAGUAUUACCAGUAUCGGUUCCUGUCAUGAGCCGCUCUUUUCAUCCAGGCCUUCCCGUCGAUCUAAGUUCGGCCGGUGUCUCCGAUGUCCUCAGCAAGAAUGUGACAGAUUCUGCCCGCUUUACGUCUUCUGGCACGUGGAGCGUCCGACAACCGGGUCCACCUGCGAGCACGUGGGUUUCGCAGUAUGUGCAUAAUACGGUCACAGAAGCGGUCAAUUGAUUGGUGCGGAGGGGAAGAAAAACUCAAGCAGACUAACUGACUUUGAACUCUUUUUGUUUGCUCAUUUUUCUCAGAAGCCUCUGGAUCAGAUGGAAAACUGGACGCUUUUAGUACAUGUCUUUCAAAAUCAUUGUUAUGGAUGUUGGUAGAUACCUGGAGAUCCUCUUUACCGAUGUUCACUUCAGUGGAUUCAGGAGUGAAGCCUCUCUUUGAACACAAAGAUGUAUUUCAAAGACCUUUUUAAAACACUUUUUAAACCAAAACCUCUUACCUUUUUUAAGUACAUGAAGUUUAUGGGCAUCCAUAAAACCCUCUUUGCAUUUCAGACUCUAGGAUCGUCAUCCUUUCAGGCAGAAACAUAAGCAUUCUCCAAACUCAAGAAAACCUGUGCAUCUCAGGUUUACCAACAACAGCCAAGGGAUUUUCAUUUGAAUGUUUGUUGAAGUGGCCUUACAUAGUUUUUGAUAAAGAAGCUCUUGCCUGUUUGCAUCAUUAUAUCCAGGGCUAGACAUCUAUCCGUCAUGUAGCAUGCUUAACUUAAUUUUUUUUUUUUUUUUGUGAUCUGUGAAUGCAAAGACCAGCAUGCAGCAUUUAAAUAGUCUGAUUAGGGACCAAAUGUGCUCUCUUAGAUUUAAUACUUUGCUCUGAUUUUGCCUGAAAGCCACUGCUGAUGAAGCCUCUACUUCUACAAUCUCAGCUUUGAAAGUCUUUCCCAAUAGUGUGUUUUUGUCAUUAUUUCCUGCACUUUAUAGUUUAAUUUCACCUCUUAGUCAUUAUGUCAGAACCGUUUAUCCAGUCCCAGUCAGAAUAAUAUCAGAGAGCUCUCUGGUGUGGCGUGAUGUGCGUCUGUGCUGUGGCCUGUCGUUGGGAAAUUGAUCGUACUGCAGAGAUCAUCGCUCAUGCCUCGUGUCUGUCUGAGAUGCGGAGGGGAGGUCGUCUCAAAGACAGAGCUGACAUUGAUUUUCUUCAGUUCUCAUGUAACUUGAGCUUAGAGCUGUAGCUUUAUUUUUCUGAUGGUAUUGGGUGAAGUAGAUGAUCGGCAUUAACAGUGUUUUACAUUUUCGUAAAUUCUCUAAAUCACAAUGUAGAAGGAGACAUUAUGAGGUUAUAAAAAUUUGUUAGUGAGUGAAUUUAGACACUAAAGGAGUUUUGUGUACCUCUCAGAGAUGAACUGAAGUGUUUCUUUCUUGCUCAUAAUCUGUGAAUGUAUCUAGAGAACUGACAAAUAUUAUUUAGAAACAGAAGAUUUCCAGUGUCUUCAUAAGCGAUUCCCUCAGUCUUUUUGGACACUAGAGUAUCUAGAUGGAUUAUGAUUUAAUGCUUGUAGUUUCCAUGAAACUGAGAACAUGUACAGGUAGUCAGAUUAGUCUUUGUAGUAAUGAUUUUAACCUUUUAGCCUUUUUAUGAUGCAGUUCACAUCAUUUCAGUUUACUUGUUCAGAAACGUGCCAUAAUUCUGAUUAGUUUUUCUCAGUGAGGUCAGUGAAAAGGUCAGAGGUCAUGUUCUGUAGUACUGCACAGGUUACUUCUCAUUGGUUUUCAGUGUGUCUCAGGUUUGUUUAUUAUAGUUUUCAGAUUUCUCUUGACUUUUUUUUUUUUUUUUUUUUUUUUUUUUUUUUUUUUUGUGGGUUCGAGUCAUUGUAAUGUUACCUCUCUGACAAAACAAAUGGAGUUUUUUAAUUAUUUCUGAGUUAAGGAAUCUAUAAGGUGCGUCUGUAUUUUUAAGCCAUGUCUGAGCUGAAUAUGAGAAACUGACUGUCAUAUUGUAGCGUCCUCAAUCUGUACUACAGAUCUAAUUAACUCAAAACCACUGUGAUCAUUCGGUUAGUUACUGGAACAGUACUAUCUAUAUUUUUCAUAUGCUCUAUUUUUUCACCUGGUCCGAAAGGCCAAUAUUAAUAUUCCUGGAACUGUAUUAUUGUUAUUGCAAAAUGGAUCUUCUAGAUGACAAUGUGAAACAUGUAAAUAUCAUUCAGGUUUUUGUCUGGCAUAGACCUGCUUUUUAACGUGCGUGCGUGUGUGUAUACAUCAAAUAUGUGUCUCUCUCCUGUACGACCAAAUACAUGAUGGAUUUUUUUUUUUUUAAAGGUCAUAUGUGUGCAUGUAUAACUGAGGACAGUAAAACUGGCUUUUGUGCCUUACCUGCUUCCUUAGAAAACCUUUUGGACUAGUCUGUGCAAUAUCUGCCUUAAACAUUUGACACAGAGAUUUUAUUUGGUGUCUUUUGUACAAACAUUACAGAGAAAUAAAAGCCUUGUUUUUGA